AGAUAAGCUAAUGCUUUAAGAUAAGUUAUCUACUAAAAGAGGAUAGUUGUCUACUGCGGCUAUGCUCAAUGUGAGAAGAAAUGUGGAAUAUUAUUUUUCUUGUGUCCUUUAUAAUUAGUUUUUGGUGCAUUACAAUUUCCAGAGAGGCUGAAGAAAUUUCUCACAAUGAAGAGAGCAGUAGUGGAUUUGGAUUUCCUCAACAAACAGUGUCACUACGUUUAUUGAAGAAUUGUGGGCAUCAUCAUAAGUGCUGCCCCCUAUGGAGUAAUUGCUGCCAUCAUAACAAAUACUGCUGCUUAUUCGGGAUAUUGCCAAAACCUCCUGCUUUGUGCUGGAAACGGUCUUAAAUUUGCUUGACGACGAUAUUUUAAAAAUUGAACUUAAUACAUCAGUUUCACAUGAUACACAUUUUAAUAAUAUGUGAAAUCGGAGAAUAAUUUAAUAACUCAUUACACUGAUAAACUUACCCCUAUGAGAAACUUUUCAAGAGUAUGAAUUCUCGAAUACAUCAGAAGAUUGAAAAGGUUAUGGGAGAGACAGGGCGUUGUCCACCCUCAUCCUCGAAAUUUAAUUGAUAUAUUUGUUCCAACGAGGUAUGACUAUCAGAAAACUACCAUCCUCGAAAGGAGUAUAAUUUUUCGGUUUCAAGACCAUGCACAUAAAUGGAUUUGGAACGAGACAUCUGUACGGCGCAUGUGCUUGAAACAGAGUCAGAAUUCAUUUUGGAACAAACCUAUUACGUUCAAGAUUCAUCAAGGAUCCAAGCAACCGAAUAUGUAUGUAUGUAUAUAUAUAUAUAUAUAU